CUUUACUGUUGGUAGUAGUAGUAGGAGUGGUAGUAAUAGCGUAGCAGCGUACGUAAUACGCAAGAUCGAUCGAUCGAUUGUUCGACAGAUCCGUUGCGGAUCCAGAGCGCCCAACGACACUGACCUCUGUACUACAACAAUAACGACAACGAUCAGUACCACCCUUUCGUAUCACUGACUCCCCGACGAGCUUGCUGCCGCGUACUCACCGUCAAUCCCUUAGCAAGUAUUCCACAACCACUCCACCUCCUACUACACUGCUCCUGACGGCAUUCCUCGAGUUUGUUGUUGUCGUUGGGUUUGGUUUGUUGCGUUGGUAGUCCGCAGUAGGCCGAGAUAAGAAACCGUUGAGUACGAGUCGAGACUCACAGUCAGGCUUGGAGUUGCUGUCCUCGUCUUCCUAGUUAUCGUUCUCGUUGUUGUGAUCACAACCCCCAUUGGUGUUCACCAUGUCGAAUCCUUUUGAUCAGUUCACGUCGGACUUUCAAGCGUCGUUGCCACCGGGUGUCCCCCACACGCAGCAGCCUCCGGAAGCGCCACCGAACUACCAACCUGCCGCAGCAAUGGGAUCGCCGCCUCCGAUGGGUGCAACUUACGGAAACUACGGGGCGCCCCAAUCGUACGGACAGCCUCCUCCGCCGACGUUCGCGGCUCCGAAUCCGUACGGCACCAACGUGCCGCCAGUCCCGCAGCCUCCUCCGGGGCCAACCGCGAACGAAUCCUACGGAGGCUAUGGAGCGCAAGGAGGCUACGCGGGGGCUCCGAAUCCGCCCGGUGUAGACGAGGGAAACCCCUUUGGCAAUUCGGGUGCGGGUGCUGGGAUGGGUGCGGGUGCUCCACCGGAUCCGCACCCCCCGCAACCUCCGCAACCCCCACAGUAUCCGGCGGAUCCUUGGGGAUCUGCGGGUCCCAAUGGUCCUCCCCCUCCAUCGCAAGCCGACGCCAAUCCCUACGCGCAACCCGCGUACGGACAACCGCCGCCGCCACCGGACGCUACUUCCUACGGUGCUCCUCCUCCGCAACAUCAGCCUGCCUUUGGAUCACCACCUCCUCCGCAAGGACCACCGCAACAACCGUACGAGUCCUACGGCUCCGUCCCCGCGCAGCCCUACGGACAACCGGACCCUUACGGACCCGACGCCGGUGCCUUGGUGCCAGCGCACGUUCAAUCCAAUCCCUACGCCGCUUACGGACAACCCGCCUACGGACAGCCGCCACCACCACAGCAAGCACACAACCCCUACGGACAGCCACCACCGCAACAACAAGCACAGUACGCACAGCCUGCCCCACCCGCUCCGGUGGAUCCCUUUUCCGUCUUUGAUUCGUCCGCCGCUCCCGCACCCUCGCAAGAACGCGCUCUCGUCCCUGCCGGGCCCGAUCCCACGGCCGCCAACGAUGAUGAUUUCUUUGGAGCCUUUUCCGCCAACGCACCCGCUCCUGCCGCGGUACCACAAGCGCUCGUCACCCAGGCCGAGACGGAAGAAAAAAAGGGUGACGAUGGACUACCUCCCGGCGGAGAAUGGUACGAUGCACGUAUCUUUACCCCAACCCUGGGGGUCAUGUUCUUCAAACCACAAGAAUUGACCGAUUCGCUCUUUUUGAAUACCGACAAGGAAAUGGUAGACAGUCUCGCGGAUCGCCCCGUCGUUGCCUUUAUCGUCGAGGGUUCGUCGGCGCGCUCGGCCGGAGUUGAACUCGGACACAUUUUGCUCAAAGUCAACGGGGUGGACGUGCGCAGCCCCAAGGAAGCCUCGCGAUUGAUCAAGGAAGGACCGCGUCCCUUGCCCUUGCUCUUUUACGUCCCCGGGACCGAUGUCGUGACGGCCGAAGGCGAACACAUGGUCAAAUACGACACGAAAGAAACGACCGCGCCCAACAGCGCCAAGGAAUGGAAACCCAAGUACAUUGUAAUUGGUGGCAUCAUUGCGCAACCCUGGAUGAUGAAUAUGUACCGAUCCAAGUCCGAAUACGACAUUGCCGUUAUUGAAACACAAGCUCGUCGUCCAGUUUCGGUCAAGGUUAAGCAAUUUUCCUUGCAAGGCGCUCGUAUUCAGAAUGACUGGCAAGGCCCCCAAAUGGUGAAGUACAAGAACAAGUUGCACCCGUGGAAGUACAUUGUGGUAUUGCCCGUGGCGCGGAAUCCGAUCAAAAUAUCGUCCCCCAACUUGGCGUCGCUUAAGCCUGUACACGAAGGCAUUCGUCGACUCUUGCUGUCUCAGCAACGCGAUCGCGGCGGUGGCGGUACCCGCAGCUCGGGGGAUCCUUACCGGUCCUCCAAUGGCGGAUACAACCAGGGCGGACGGGAGGAUCCGUACGCGAACCGCAGCAACGGUGGUGGCGAUCCGUACGCCAGCCGUGGCAGCGGUGGUGGCGAUCCGUACGCGAAUCACAACAGCGGCGGUGGCGAUCCGUACGCGAAUCGCAACAGCGGUGGGGGCGGUGGCUACGACCAAUCAUCCCAACGUGGCGGCUAUGACCAAUCAUCUCAAGGUGGUGGUGGCUACGACCAAUCCGUCCAACGUGGUGGCGGCUACGACCAAGGUGGGUACGGCGGUCCGCCUCCACAGCAGCAGCAACAACAACCACCACAGCCACAGCAGCACUACCAGCAGCAACCUGGUCUCAGCGACGUGGAAAAUUCAAUCGGCUUGAACGAGUUACAUACACUGCUGCGUGACGCCGUCCAAAAGGAGGACUAUGUAGAAGCCGGGCGGGUAUCGAAUAUUGUUUUGAGUCGAUUGUACGGUGACGAUCCAUCUGUACCGGAGGCUACCCGACGCGAACAGCGGCGCCGCAUGAGUUGGAAGGGACUGGGUGCGGCACCGUGGUUGAACGAUCGACUCGAUUCUUUGAACUACACCUUUCCCACGACGAUCCAGAUUAACGCCAUGGAAGCCGUUAAUGCGAUUCUGAAUACCACGGAUGAAGUGAUGGAAUCAGUGUCGUUGGAAGAACGCGUAGAUGUGCAUCAAAGGGACAUGGGUGUCGUCGUUAGCGGAACAACCGGGUCCGGCAAGACCUUGGCUUAUCUGGUACCGCUGCUGAGCACGCUAAGUGAUUCCCUGUUUUUGCGACAACGUAUUCGGGUGGGUGCCGAAGAAGCCGUGGGUGACACCACGGGAGAUUUGUUGGACCGAGUGGCCGUUGUAACUUCGCCAAUGAUUCGUUCCAACAGCCGCAAACAAACACGCCAGAGCGGCGCGAUUGCUACGGGCGCAUCCAUGUCGAGUUUGGGUCAGUCGGGAAAGGACGUCAAGAGUCCGUUGGCACUCAUUGUAGUGCCCACACGAGAAUUGGGCGUACAAACGGCCAUGCUAUUGUACCAGCUCGUGGGCGGUAACAUCAAGGACGAUCCGACUGCUCUCACGGGACGAGCCAAUAUGUUCAAGUACAAAGGCCCCAAAGGUAUUCGCAUUGGUUGUGUACUGGACGAUGAAGAGGCAUCGUUUGGUCUGAAACUGCAAACAGACGUGGCCAUUACCACUCCCCAAUACCUAGGCAAACUUAUGGACGAUGAAGAUGUGCUGCCUUCCAAGUUACGAGUGAUCAUUUACGACGAAGCUGAUUUGGCGCUUGAAAAGACGGACGCCAAAGAUUUAGAGCGUCUCUUUGAUGACGAUCCCGAAGAGCGCGAGUAUACGCGGCUGACUUAUUUGGUCGGUGCCAGCGUGACGGAAGCGUUAGGCAAUCUGGCCGUGGCGUCACGUAUUUUGCCGCAAGGCAAGAGUUGCAUUGCUACGGCAACACGAUUUGCCGCGUUGCAAUCGGAGGAGCCCCUGGCCGACGCCGCACGGAUUGCUGGAGGAGAAAAGAGCGCCAGUCUGAAAGACCUGAGCGUUUGCCUGUAUCCUGGGUUGAAACACGAGAGAGCAGUUGUCCCCAACGACUCGUCCGGUCUACUGACUUUGACGCGACUGCUACGCAAAGAGCUGCAAGCCUACGAUCAAACCGUGAAAGAAGCGGGUGACAGCGGUGUCGCCUUUAACACGGUACAAAGGCCGCGCGUGGUCGUUUUCUUUCCAGACGAGGAACAAGCCAAGAAAGCAAUCGUGCCAUUGCGAGAUACCAUGUGGGGAGAACACAAGUUGUGCGUACUACUUCCGACUAUUGGAUUUAAUCCUUUGACCAUUAUGGAUCAGUUCAAACGCAACGAAACAUCCGUCAUGUUGGCAACCGCAAAUUCUGUACGGGGUCUGGACUUUCCCGCUCUGACACACGUCUACACGCUUUAUUUGCCGAUGAAUGAUCCCAGGGAAUACGUGCACUUGGCGGGUCGAGUGGGACGAGUUGGGCAGCUCGGUAGCGUACUAGGUGACGGUGGGCACGUGGUUUCCAUACUUCGAGAAGACGAUGCGGGCAAGAUGGAUGAACUGGCCGCAACUUUAGGUUUUGAAUUUGUCGACAUUGAGGCGACGCCGGACGUUAUUCCACGUGGGGAAGACGGUUCCCUGGAUGUUGAUAAUGUGGACGUGGAAAAGAUGCGGCGGUUACUUGAAGACACCAUGACGCUGGUGGAUUUGGCCGAAGAUAUUGGCGACGACCCCACAGUCAUUGAAGCUACCUUGGUCGACGAUAGCGAUGAAGAAGAUGAUGAGGACGACGGAGACGAGGAUUCGUUUCAAUAGAAGACGACGGUAAAGGGUAGACGAUAAUAAAGCCAACCGCUUUACUAGUAGUUCCCGUAGUUGCGCUUUGUCC